CACUUUUGUGGAAAAGGAAGAUAAACGGGGACACGCCUGGAAUUCCAAGUUUACGACACCCCUUCCCAUCCCUGGGGGAGACGGAGGCGGAGGCGGAGCAGCCGGCCCUAGGAGGAGGAGGCGGAGCAGCAGGUUCUUGCUGCCGUUUCUCCUCGGAUCCGAUCUAUUUAUCCGUUAACCCGACGACCUGCAGGGCUAUUCCAAUCCAAUCAAAUCCAACCCACAUGGCCGGCUGGGCCGAUUCCGGCGGUAGCCGAGGUCGAGGCGGCGGCGGCGGCGGCGGUGGCGGAGGCUUCAUCAACCGCGGCGCCGCCAACACCACCACCAACAAUAAUAAUAAUACCAGGUGGAGAGAGAGGAGACCACCAUCGCAGCAGCACAGCCACCACCAUCAGCAGCACCAACCGCACAAUCAACAGCAGCAGCAGCAACCGCACAAUCAUCAGCAGCACCAGCAUCAGCACAACCAGCAUCAGCACCAGCACAACCACCAGCAGCAGCGCUACCGCCCUGUCAACAACAACGACCACUCCUCGCAGCCCCCACGCGACACGCCGUUGGAGGAAUUGGGUCGCCAGCAAGGACAGCAGGGGAGCUCCUCCACUUCUCGUCAUCGCCCUCGCCCACAACCAACUCGUGCACCACCCACCUUCACAGACCACAAUUCUCCUACCUCUGCUGCCAAUGCAAAUGCCAAUGCCAAUGAGCCUGACGACAAGGCUAGGCGCAAUGCUGCAAAUUUCGAGUGCAACGUCUGCUUUGAGAUGGCUGAUAACCCAGUUGUGACAAAGUGCGGCCAUCUCUUCUGCUGGGAGUGCCUCUACCAGUGGAUCCACAUCCACUCCAACCACCGUGAGUGCCCUGUCUGCAAGGGCCAGGUCGCUGACGAUGCCAUUAUACCAAUCUAUGGACGCGGCGGCUCUGCAGCCUCUGUGCAUGAUGCGCCACCAAGGCCCACUGGAGCCAGAGUCGAAAGCUCCAGGCAGCAGUUGCUGCAGCAGCAGGCUGCCAUGGACUCGCGUAUGGAUGAUGAAGGCGACAACCCCUUUGAUCUACAGGAGAUUCGUCUUGGCUUUGGAGCUAGGUCGCUGGGAGAUGCUAUGAUGAGUUUCAUCGAUGAUGACGAAGUGGAUGUUGAGCAACUUUACGAUGACUACACUAAUCUCUAUCACCACUACCACCAUGGCUUUGAUGAGGUCCAUGAUUAUGAAUUUCUGGGCUUCCCGAUGUUGCCAUCUGUUGGUGCUAGGACGACGCGGCGACACCAACAUCAUACUGCUGUUUCCGAUGGCAUUAUGGAAACAUUCUUUGACGACAACAUGACCACUUAUGGAGACAUAGAUAUUGGCAACCGUAGUGGUCGCAGCCGGCGCGGAAGAGCAAGAGGAGCAUCAUCUCCUUCUGGAAUGGUGAUGGGGAGUAGCUUGGAGAUGGGCGGCAGCGUUGUAUCUUACCGCAAUGUUGGUGGUGAUCCUCCUCCUAAUUCUACAGGUGGUUCUUCUCGGCCCAAUGGUGGAUGGACCGAGAGAAGAGGAAGAAGUAACCGGAAUUCAAAUUCAGGCGGUGGAAGAGGGAUGCAGAAUAGCAGGAGACAAGGAACACAUAACAAUUGAUCUUUGUGUCUUGAUGACAGUGGUGAUCAAAUAAAUCCAGUUUGAAAUUCUUUUUUUCCUUUUCAAUUGAUCUGUAAUAGGUGCCUUAUUUUGGCUUUUGAGGAGUAAUGGUUCUUUCGGUUGAUGCAAGUACCAAUACAUGUGGUUAUAUACUCCUUGCCGUUACUUGCUACUCCUAUUUACAUAUCUCAAGUAUUAUUGAUAACUAUAGAGCAUUACAUGUGCAUUUGAA